GUCGAGUACUGCUACUACUAAGGCUCCACCUAGGCUUAUAUUAAGUACUUAUUACUUCUCAUGUGGAAUUUUUUUGACUAUCUAAGGUUUACUCGCUUAUUUUCACUUGAUAUCAUGUAGUUCUUCAUGCAUCGUUGUGGUCAACAGAGGUGGCGUCUUCUUUGACGUGCUUUCCUCAGGUUAUAACUAUGGCGCAUAGAAGUGCAUGAAGAUAUAGAUGAAGGAGACCACGGGCACUCUUACCCAACUCUAAUUCUAGUAUAAAGGAAAACUUAAAUUAAGGCUCAACUUUCAAUGGUCAUCGGGGUUGGUCACUGAGAUUGAAGAGUCGACCCCUUGAGAGAACAGGGGAAAACGAAGGGAAAGGGGAGAGCUUUGGCGAAAGGGGUCUCUUCCGUUCAAAGUCAGUGACCACUGAGUGCUGAGCUUUAAUUAAAGGAGAUAAAAGAGUGGGAGACAAAGACCCAAGAAGCGCUCGCGGCUCUUACCGAGGAACGUCCAGCGUAUCAGCACCUUUUAUGCCUUUACUCUUUCCCAAUAGAUUUACCUACUAGGAAUUCCCAAUACCAGAAAUUCCACACUAAAAAUCAUAACUUGUUAUCCCCAAGAAUACGACCUAACACUAACUGGUUAUGUAAGUAUUUUUUACCUCUAGAAGAUUUGGUAGGACUAGACGCGCGCUCGUGGUCCUUUGCACUGGUGUCCUCUCUGCUUCAAAGAGCAUUAUCUACUUACUUAAUGAAUCUUCCUCGCCGUCCUCGGCGACGACGAGGUGACUCAGGAUCUUCCUCCAUUACCAGUUCAGUACAUUUUUGUACUACAACAUAAACCUUCUACUUAAAUUGAAUGAAGCUGCCGCUGAUGAAUCACGAUCAUGAUCUAAUGCCUUUAGUACUUUAGUAUCUUUAUUAUCUCUGAUGGAUCAUGAUCUAAUAUUACAUCUCAAAAUGACCGAGCCACUGACUGAAAUAUGGGAGAUAGCUUAACAUCGAGGCUACUCUUCCUUCUCGUCAGUGUCUCGGUUAUUCUGGUCAGUUGCUUGCUUAAGUAUUUCAGUUUUUCGGAUUUCGCUGCCUACAUGGUUGUCUACCACAAGUCCACCAACAUUUAUUUACGUUAGGAGAUCGUGGUCGUGCGGAGUUCUAAAGCUUCCUAGGUUCGGCCUCUUGGCGCUGGCGGUAAUCCAGAAAGAAUUGGAGGAGCCACCCGAGUUUCGUUACGACUUCUGCUUCUAGUGUAGUAUCUUGUUGCUUCUUUAUUAUUCAUGAUCUUUAGAAGAAGUAUUAGUACUACUAUGGAAGUGCGGACUAGUGGCCACUAAGAGAGUUACUUUAUGUUUGUUAGAUAAACUGCAGCCAUCCUCGGGGUCGAGCAGGUGCCGGUGGGGCUCGAUGUGCAGGAUCCAUAGCCUAGCCCUAACGGAGUCAAAUUUAAUCGCGAUGCACUCCUUUUUUUACGCUGGUUUAAAACUCCUACCCAGUUUUUCGAGUUACCACUAGUGUUGGGCUGGACGAACUGAAUGAAGUGAGCCUAUAGAUGAAUGAAAACUGAUUCGGUAGUUCAGACUGGAUUGGAGCUCAGCACAUUCGCAUGCCCUCUUCUUCUAAAAAGCGCCCAAAGCAGGAGCAACAGUUACGGGCCUAAAAGUUUCUACUUCUUGAUAACUAUCCUUUUCUAACUAUAUCCUACUUCCAGAUCAAUCAUGGAGAUUCAUUAAUUUCUAUAAGUACUAAACAUCUACAUGAUCUACUAACUUCGCUGUUCCUUUCUAUAUUUUUUAGCCACGCGACAUCUUCGACACUUGAAGAUCAUGAAGAUUCAUCAUGAUCUAGUAAAAGUUUGCACUUGAUAGAUGUAGAAUCCAGCUUCUCUCAUUCCGCAAACUGAUAUUUAGUCUUUCUCCAAAGUAGAGCCCAUUUCUAGAAAUCCGCUGCGUCGAGUUUAAUCAUCAAGAACUCCUAGAAGAAAAAUACUCAACGCAAUUCGAACAAUAUGAUAAAGCAUACUAGUCAUCUUUCAUACUACUAGACUGCUAGGUGUCCUGUUCCUUACGAUCAUGAUGAAGGAGGUUUGUAUAUUUAUAGUGUGACUUACAACGUCUAAGACAUCCGGAGAUGCUGGACAGCAGCUGCAGCCGUUGUGGACAGAAAUUUUGAUGGGAUCGUCAGUGGCCGAUCUUCAAAAACUCCAUGAGCGGAAGGUCUGCAGCCAAGACUGGAAGGGAUACCCCAGUGUUAAGGCUAGACUUUCAGUGAAUCCCAUGUGCUGGACGAUGUUGCUGAGUGGACGAGUCCUGUCCCCCUACCUACUUGAUUAAUAAUUUAAAAGGGGAAAGAAACGACCAAGGAUUUGAAUCUUCAUGGCUUCGACCAAUACUUCUCCUACUAAGCUGCGCGAUGUUCUUCCCCUUUAAAAGGGGAAACGGAAAGAAGCGACCAAUGUAAAAAAUGCAACUUACUCAAGCACGGAUAAUUGAUGCAGAAAACUAGCGCUAAUAGUGCCAUUGGCAUCGGUCCUGAUCAAUCCGCAGUCAAUGCUUGCACCGCCUGGGAGAUUUGCUUGGGAGCAAAUGAUCUGCGCCAACACAUUAUGGCGGAUGUUGUUUCUUCUUGCAUCUUGUUCUAUCAGUCAGAUGAUGAUCAUCGAGGCCGCUGCCCUUUCUUUGCUUCCCUUAAGAUUCAUAACUGAACUCUGUCAUUGAUAUUUAUAUAUAGGUUAAUACUAAGGGGGAGCCUCGAUGGUCUGCAUAGAAGAUGAUGGAAAAGAUAUCAUUCAUACGCAAGGGAAACGAAGGCGGAAAGGCUGGCGCGAAGGACCUAGAACAAAAGACAACAAGCUACUUAGUGUCCGAAUGUGACAAGGACAAAAAGGCGACGACCUAUCCGGCAGAAUUACCUGCGCCGAAGAGUAGCGUUAAGAAGGCUACCGAUCAAGCAUCCUCCUACAGCAAGGCCCUAGUAGGCUCUUUUUCAACUUGAAAAAGAAGCCCCCAAGGAUAUGAGUCGCAAGGAAGAUGCGGACGCUAUAUCUCUAACAAGGCAGGCAAAUUCAGUAAAACAAUACUGCCAGCGGAGCUUCUUACAAUCUACAUUAUGAAACGAAGAGCCUCGUCGGCAUGAUCCACGGCCGCGCUGCUGCUGAAAAUAUAUAAGUGCAUCGUCUUGUAGUAGAUACAUCCCCAGAAAUCUUCGAAAGCUACUCAGUGUCUUUUGGAAUAUUUUACCACUUUACUUCCUUUUUCUCACAACACCCUCAGAGGCUAUCGCCACGUCUCCUGUGCGUCCUCCUUGGGGCGCCUCGCUUGCGCGGGAGAGCUAUCCUAUCCUGCCCUAUCGUCUUAUCCUAAACAAGUGCGAUAUAGUAUAGUACUUUUAGAAGUUUUGGCACUGUUGGAACACCCGAACACGCCCAAGCGCACUCUUUAGCUCUUGGGGGCAGGUGGAUGGGAUGCCGAUGAGGGACGACUAGAGCGGGCGCCCUGUAUGGUCUCUGACUGUUUAAAGCCCUGAAGCGGUACCAGCAUGGGCCCAGUGUCGUGGGAUAUGUAUCAUGGGGGGCCGCGAUGUGGCUACGAACCUGGGGGGACCAUGCUGGCCUUUCAUGUGCGCAGUGGUGUGUGAUAUGAUCGAGAAGACCCCCAAAGACUGCAGACUCUUAAGCGCCUGAGCCUGGAGGCCACGAAUUUCCUGAGUCGCAUAGGUUGUUUGGGGCGUAUUUUCUGAACCUUACGCUGAUGAAAAUGAUGGGCAUGAAGAUCACCAUGGCGACCCUUGUCUGAUUGUAUCAAGAUCAGGACAACAGAAGAAGGGCAACAAGGUGAAAGAGCCAGAUCAAUCAGAUGACUGAGAAAGGGCAGCGACAUGCGUGCACCCUCAUACUUUUCACGUUUCAACUGGGACGGGUCGCGUUUCCAUUUUUUCGAUUCGCAAAGUGAUCCACCUUAUUCAGCUGCACAGGCUCCGCGCUCAUAGACAGCGGGUCAGCGAGUGUAGUCAUUAGCUGCGCCAUAUCAUCUAGGCCCCCACGAUCCGACUCGAGAGAAUGAUGGAGGAGGAAGCGUCUAAGAGUGUUCGGGGGUGGAUUGGGUAUAGACAUGCAGUGGGUCACUGAGUUCAACCAGCGACCGACCACAUGAGGAACCAGCGAGCGAAAGAGCAAGACAAGGAACGGCGUCGGCCAUGAUAAUUGCGGCGAGGGCGUAGCCAUUGGCACUCAAAUCAGGUGCAUCCAUAGGCUUCAGAGUAGGCGCAGGCCACACCAUUGGCCGCCGCCCCUCCUUAGUCGCUAGCUAGGGGAAAAGUGGCAAAGGUCACGAGUGGGCACUUUGUUGAUCUAUGCCAUCUGCGCCAGAAUCUUGAGCCGCCACAAGUGUCGGAUAUCUCAACCAUUCUCGCGCCACCAAUAAUCGAAAAGUGAACACCUCAAGAAAAGCAGACAGAAUAGGCAAGCGUUGCCAAUGGCAUGGGAUGGGCCAGAGCUUGAACCAGAUUCGUCGCUUUCUCCUUCUGGGUCACUACGAUCCCCCCAGUAUGGGCAUGGCCCAGGAGCUUUGAGCCUGCUUUGUGGUGUAGUGAUUUUGUAUGACUUGCGCUGGGUGGGCCUCGCUAGCCAGUCUGCCCUCAUGCGGUGAGUAGAGCAUGGAGUGGCCUCCUCAGCUGCGUCUCUGGCAGGCUCUGUCUUAGAUACCUGCCUGGGCGCGUAGUGUCUAUUCUUAGGCCUCGGGCCUUGGCUCUUUGCUGUCGAUUUUGCAGCCUGGUGGCCGGCCCACAACGUGGAACCCCUGAGGGGUGGUGAUAUACCGCGCCGCGCUUCUGCUGGUUUACUUGGCAAGGGGCUGGAGAAACCUGCGAAGUCGUGCAGUUUGCUCAUGACUAUUGUGCUGGGCGCGGCUCGGUGCUCUGCCUCUGCAGUCGAAUGCGCGCGCAUGGUUUGGGCGUUGUGCUUCCGGCAGAUCAUCAGGGAACGACCCCAAGGGCGCGCAAUGUAACCGAAACACCAGGAGCGUGCGCGCUUUUUAUGCAGUUCGCGAGCCCUCUAGCGGGGGGCCACUUGGUAUGUGGUAACCGUAGCCCCCUCCCCCCUGGUAAAGGUUUGUUGCUCAUUUCGUGGCGGUCGUGUUCACUUUCUGGAGAGUGAGAGGGCCUCUGGCCUUCUGUCGUUGCUAAGUGCUUCGGCACCUCUCUGCAGGGUUUCGUGUGUGAUUGUUUCAGCUAGGGGCUUCCGGACCGGCAUACCUGGCCAAUAUCGCCACGGGGGCGCAUAUGCCUGGCCUUGUGGAGGUUGUCGAUAUUCAUCCAAAGCAGUGCGCCAACAAGAACAACCCCACUCAUACAGUGGCAGCCUGGCCGCUAGCUUCGGCCCCGCUGCCUCCUCUGGAAAUGCCUGCAGACUCGUCGAAAUUCGGCGACCUCACUAGCCUGCUUAGUGUUGUCCUGUACUUCCUCGGCUUGCUUAGAAGUGUUGCCUUCCUUGUACUUCCUCAAAAUCUCUCCGGUGUGCAUUUGUUCUCUCGGGAUCUUCACAGAAUGCGCCUCGGCCUCCCGACAGUUGUGGCUCGCAAUCCAUCGCACCAAGGGAGGUGGGCUACACACAGCCACUCGAAGCCGAUGGGGGUAGCGGCUCGCUCUGUCAUCUCUAUGGGCCGGCGCGUCUAAAGGCCAGGCUGAGCGAGCCCGGGCCGUGACUCUUUAUCGUCGGCCUUCUUGGCUAAGACUAAGUUGUCAGCGACGUCGGGUGAGGUCUUCGUGUACUUUCUUGGGUGUGCUUUGCUCGCUUUUCGCCACAACCUUGGAGCAGAAGGACAUGGCCCCCGCCUGCGGUCGGAUAAUAGUUCGCGCCACUUCUUGGGCCAAGCAUGUGGGGCGCCUUCGAGCCCAUGGCGAGCCCUCUGAAGCUUGACGGUGUCGGCUCUGUGGUUGCUCCUCUGCCCACACAGGUGGAAGACGGCAGAAGGUGCCGCGACCUGGCUCAGCACUAAGAGGCGCUGAACCGAGGUCAGACGGGAUCACGAAACCGGUCGCCGCUGCCGCUGGGUCUGGCGUGAGCUGACUAGCAGCGUGCGACACCGCCGGGGCGUAGGUGCUGACGUCCCCGGUUGAAACGGUCAAGAUUUCCGAGCGCACAGCUGUCGGCUUCGAGUGUGCUGCUUUGUUUUACGGGGAGCGUGAUCGCUAUCGACGCUAGUACUAACUUGAGAAGCGUCCCGCAGCUCCUCGGCAGUACGUAGCUGGCGCCCAAGUCUCCGAGGCAAGUAGUUCGGCUCCCUCUUUGGAAAUUCAUAGCCGCUCGCCAUAUUUUAUCUCAACGCCAGGGCCUUUCAAUGCGUGGGAUACUGGCAGCAACAUUCAUUGCGGGCACGCGUUGCGACAAAGAUAGAAGAGCUCCCCUUCCUUCCAGCUCAGGCCCACCAGCUAGCGUGGCGCACUCGGUCCCAGACCCAGCGCUUCAGGCUCGGCCUUUGUUCUUCUCUUGCGUUGUCUUGGGUUCUUAUCUUUGCCCCCUUCCUUGGCUUGGGGUCUUCCUCGGCCUCUCUUCCCCUCCUCAGCGUUGCGCCCUCCCUCGGCUGAGGUGGUGCGUGGAGUUCGUUGUAGGCAUCGACUGUGGGUUAGGCAGCUCUGCGUUGGGGUGUGAAUCGGGCGGCUCUUCUGAUGGGGUGCUCCCCUUCUCAGCGUGUUAGCUGCCCGCCAGAAUUGCAAUCGCCGCCGGGUUUUGGGCCUUUUUCUUUCUCCAAAGAUUCGCAGAAAAGCUCGCCCGCUUGAAUUUUCUCCAAUAUCAUCCCCAUGCUGGUGGGAUCGCCUGGGCUGUACUCCAUGCAAGGGCAGCGCAGCUGACAGGCCACACGCUGCGGCGCGUGCCUCUGAGUCACUAGCCUCCAGCAAGGUCUUGCGCUGCAGCCUCAGGUCCGCGCCUUUCGUCUGUGGGGUUGGUUCGGGUUGUCUGUGCGUGGCACGCUGCAGCCGCUUUGGGUUUUGCGUAGAUGAUGCAGGGCGAGGGGUCAGGUGAUGGGCCUGGGCUACUGCUUGGCGCUUGCGCCUUAGUUAUUGGGGGCCGCGAAGCGUAGCCUGUGCCAGCCUUCCCCGCGGCUUAAACCCUGACCACAGCAGCCACGGCUUGAAGCUUGCAGGCGCUGCGACUUAAGCAGGGCGAGCCGCAGGAGCUCAGCUGGGCCUUUAAAGUGUAAAGCAUCGCCCGCUUGUCUUUCGUGGUGUUUCGAAUGCGCUGGGCGAUCAAAGGUGUGCCAAAUUACCGCGGCGUCCCCUAUGGCUCGAGGCUCGCGCUCCCUCUGUGUGGGUGUCGUGUCGUAGUACAGAAGAGGCCCAACCCAUGAAGCGGUGCCUGGGCUCUGUCAGAUUGAUUGACUUGGCGAAAGCGUGCCCCCGUGCUAAGCCCGCCAGGCUGGGCGCCUCUUAUUUUUCAGCCUCAUUGUGUCAGCGUCUGUGAUGGUUUUCGCUUUGGGAUUCUUCUACAUGAUUGCAAUCGCUACGCCCCCAGCACCCAGCGCAAUAGUUUUAGAAGUCUUCGCACUAUUGGAACUAGGCUGCUUCGUAUCUUAUUUGUGUCCUUCUUCAAAUAGAUAGUACUAGAGCGAAGCUACCUUAUCGGACUAGGCGGCUUCGGUUUAGUUCUAGUAUGUUUAUGUAUUACUAGAAGAGGGGCGCAGACACUUAUCUUCACACUCAGCGAACUCGAUUAGCCCAACGAACUUUCUACCUCUAGCAGCGUACUUAGCUUUUGACUUAGGUUCUAGUACACUUCUGCUGUCUUCAAAAGUCCGACUCUGAUACACUUAUGCCACGUGUUUAGAUUCUGAAAUACACGAAAGUUUUGGGUUCUAGUACAUUUCUCUUCGUCUCCUGUGGCUAUCUAGUGAUAGCGUUUGGCCACACUUUAUUUUUCUAGUAUCCUUACUAUGAUAGUCUUCACAUUUUCAGAAAUUAUACUUUUCUUCUAAUAGUUAAGCUUCUUCUCGGCCUCCCGUCGCGUGGACGAUCUUCGAUAACUUGAGGGAUUCGGGAGAUGUGGGUCCUGACAAUCGGGCGAAAGCGCGCGCAGAGUGCCGAGUGUGCGCGACUGAUGAGGUGCGUUUAUUUUUCUAGUCCUAAGUAAAUAAUAUGAUAGGACCAAUCGUCGCCUUCUAGUAGUCCUCUCUUUAGUUCGUAUUAGAUAUGUUUUCACUUUCAACUACAAGGACAAGAAAUGCGAGAACAUCAAGCGGCCCAUCGUCCAGCACGCGCGCUGCAACCUCUACAGCGUAGUAGCUUUUCUACAAUCGACAACAUCAUCUACAGAGUGGAGCUCCGUGGAUUCGGCGUCUUUGUGAGACAGUGGGCGCGUACAUGGAUGGAGGCAAAAAGUGCUAUAUUUUUUAUGCUGCUCCGGCCGAUCAGCAAAAAGACCCUUAUAAGAAGGCCCUCAAGCUCUUGGUUGACAAAAAUUACGGACAUUGUUGACUGAGAUCAUGAACCAUGACCGGCUUCAGUAAUUUCUGACUAUUCUUGCGUGCAAGCUCCUUUAUCUUUGAAAUACAGCGAAAGGCCAACAUCGUCAUCAUUUUAUAAAGAAACUAACGAGUUGGCUUAAUAUUUGUUACUCUCUCUAGAUGAGCUAUACUAGGUAAGAUGCGACUGCGUUGUCAAAUACUUCCAUAGAUCUUAUUAGUAGAAACAAAAACUCGAUUGCGGGAACUACUAGUACAACGAGUAGGCUACGGGGCGUCAACUGUUGUAAGUAUACAUCAUGUUAUAUUACUAUUAGAUUUGAAGAAGGGCAGCGGCCGCGCGGGGUCCCCGCCGGCCCCCCGGCCCAAGGCUCCUCAAAUCUAGAAGCAAGGAGGAAAAGGGGCUGCAAAUAGGAGAACACAUCGUAGAACAAGUCUCACAUGGUAGUUUUUGGCUCUACUUCUUCCAGCCGUGCUCUGGUCUGCUAGUGAUCCUAGUGGACCAGCACCUCUCCAAACCUAAUCUAAGCGAAGCUAACUACUUCAAGGCAUUCCUAAACUUUAUUUUGGAAGAUGAAUGCCUAAUACUUCUUAAAAUACCUACUACUUCACCAGAGCCUCUAAUGUGGUGGAUUCGACCCACGCGUUUCCACUUCGCCUGGAGCGCAGCGAACAGUUUAAGGCAACCCAAACAACAUCAACGAGCAAGCAGUUCUUCUUAUUGUAUCUAUAAUAGCGAUGACUUAGACCGCCACGCGUUAAGUACUAUAUUGAUACAUUGUUACUAAUGAAUAAGGUGAUUUAAGUACUAUUAUACAUAGCGAUCUUCAUAGUAACUACAAUGAAUUAGAUAGUGGUCCUUCUGAAUUUGAAGAAUUGCUGUGUGGCGUUCCUGCUUUUAGAAGUAGUAAGGAAGUUUUGUCUCCAUCUCUUCUGUGCAAUUUAGCUUUUUUGAUAUUUUUUCAACUGCGAAGUUGACAUCAAGUAGGUUCCAUUUAAGUAUGUUGCUUGAGCGGUGGAGGUCGUCUUUGACAUUUGAGUAAGGAACUGUCUACAGGAGAGACUAUACAUAACUCGGGGCCCCCCCCCUCCCCGUAAGGUGGACCGAACGCCGUAGAGCUGUCCACAUUAGUCCCACCGCGUAGCCCCCUACUAUAAGGGUGGCCCUCGUGCUCUUCUUUGACGCGUGACACAUGACGCGGCACGCGCGGCCCACGGAUCGACCAGCGAUCCGUGGAUCGAUCGGCGGCCCGUGGAUUGGUCAGUGAUCCGCGGAGCGAUCCGCGGCCCGUGGAUUGAUCCGCGAUCCGUGGCUUGGUCAGUAAUCCUCGGACUGCUCAGUGAUCCGCGGAUUGCUCAGUGAUCCGUGGACUGCUCAGUGAUCCGCGGACUGAUCAAAGACCCCCAGACUGAUCGGCCAGGGGUCCGCGGACUGAUCAGUGAUCCGUGGACUGAUCAAAGACCCACGGAUCGAGGGCCUCGGGCUUGAUCAGUGACCCACGGAUCGACCAAGGAGAAGGGCCCCCGGAUCGAUCAAAGACCCGCGGAUCGAGCAAAGGCCCACGGAUCGACCAAGGACCCCCGGACGAUGGGGCAAGGAUCCGCGGAUCGAUCAACCCAAGUCAACGAUCCACGGAUCGACCAAGGAUCCACGGAUCGAUCAAGGGCCCACGGAUCGCCCAAGGAUCCACGGAUCAGCCAGUCUGUGGACCGAUCGAGGAACCGCGGAGCGAUCUUCAAGGACCCGCGGAGCGAUCAAAGACCCACCGAUCUACCAAGAGUCCGCGGGCGGAUCAAAUAUUCGCGGAUCGCUCAAAGAUCCACGGAUCGACCAAAGACCCACGGACCACGCGCCGCCGCGUGACACGUGAAGCACAUCGCUCGCGCUAGUUGUGUGCUGCGUCACGCUUGAAAUUGAGCACAGAGACAGAAGGCGCGUCUCCUCCCGAAGCUCUCAGCGUCACAAACUGGGCGUCACGCGUCGCGAACAGCUCUACGGCGUUUCGGAAGUCCCGCCCCCUUGUGGUCUGGUCUGUGGUGGCGCGCGCGCGCGCUUCUCCGCGCGGGUUUUUCGCGGGUCUUAGUGGUGGAAGGCGUCAAAUCUUGGCGCGGGCCUCCCCUUGGGCCUCUCAGCGUGUUCCUGGGGGGCCUCCUGGCCUCUGCUGACCUUCGCAGGCGGGAGGCCUUCGGGGUAAAAGGCUGCCGAAGGCGGCCACGGUCGCAAAAGCACGCAGUCCGAUGACCAGGGGGCAGGGGCCCGGAGGGUCCAGGCGGCACGGCUCAGGGGGGUCUGGCCCCUCGACUUUUGCCGCCUUCGGAGGCCUUCCGCUGCUGGCGCACUGCUGCGGCGGUGAAGCCUAGCGGAUGCACACAGGGCACAGGCAGGCACCUGGACGGGGGCGCAGGCGGUCCCUUGGGCCCCUUUUGAAGCCUCUAGGGAACAGCCAGGCAGCUGGAAGGGAGUGAAGGGGGGGAGGCCACUGGGCCCCCUUUGGUUGCUUUCCAGUCCCGGCAGACGCCUGAAAAAGGGGGCCAGGGCGCACGGCCAUCCCCCGCUAGGAGGGCGUCGCCCCGCGGCCUGGAACAUGUAUGAUUUAUUUAGGGGGCUAGCGCUCCUAGGGCUUCUGCGUAAUUUUAGACUGGGCUUCUACGUUUUUUCGUUGCGUGACCUCGCUUCUUUUUUGUUUAUUUUGGCUAGCCUAAGGAGGCCCCGACCUCUUCCUUUAGGCUUGUGUCGUCAUUCUGCUAGUCUUUCUGUGGACCGACCCGCUGAGCGGGGCCCCCUUCCCUGGGAUGGCGAAAUAUUGUUGGACUUUAUCGGCGUCCCCCGAGGGGCCGCCUCCGUCCUUUGGGCGGUCCUGGCCGGAGGCGCUUGGGAGGGGUGUCAAAAAGGGACACAAAAAGGGCUUACUUUGACCCCCCAAACGAGGCGGGUCAUUUGGCGACACUUUUGGCCCUAAAAGUGUCGGCUUAAGGCACCCCCUAGGCGCCACUAGGUGGGGCCGCUUCGGUCAUCGCAAAAGAAAAUGGGGUGGAAGAUGCGCCCCAAUUUUGUCGGCGUUUUUUUUCAAAAGAAGUACCCGUCUGAGGCGCUCCUUGGUUGGCUCCGACCUUUGGGCCGCCGCAUGUCGCCAUCAUGAGUGGCGGGCCGGAUUUCCCUGGCGGCUGCUUCUCUGCUGAUGUCGACGGGCCUGAGGGCCGACGGCCAAGCGGUGGCCAGGGUGUAUGAGAGUGCGCCAGGCCUUGCCAUUGGCGGCAUUUUAUAAAAAACGAAAAAGGUCGCAUAACGAGAAAAGCCUUGGUCUAGUGAUGCGGCUUCUUACAGGUGGUAGUAGUCGUGGGCGCUCACCUCUCCGAGGCGAGCCCAUCCCGAUCUUAUCCUAAAAAGGAUCGGAACACUAUAAGGAACCGUAUACAAGAUAGAGCGUCGGCUUCAUUAGUCUAGAGCUUGUUCUAAUCCCUGGAGGACUGGCACUUUGACAACAGUCCCAACUUCAGGGGAUUUCACCGACUGCGGAGCUUACACUUGUGGUCAUCGUACUUAAGGCCGCUUCUACUGAGUAGUUUAAAUGUGCGCCACAAUGUGCUCCGAGUUCAUUGAUGUUAGUUGAUGACUGGUAGCCCCUCUGAGGCUGCGGACGCUCGCCCGAGAAUGCAGGCCAAACUGUGGACGGCGGACUAAUUCCUAUCCUAUCUUAUCUUAUCCUAUUAAUCACUAUCCGAGUACUAUGAGUGCCGCUAGAUGAAGUUUAUCUCCAUCUAUCAUCUCCGAGUAGUCUUAUGGGUGUCCCCUUCCUCGUCCUCAUGAUGAAGAUGUGAACUAUGCUGGUGGGUGCGGGUGGAGUGUGCAGCUGCUCAUCCUGUGAUUUAUUCUUGAAACGGGUUAAAGGGGAAAGAAACUAUGUGAGGGGAAGAAACUACGCGAUGGGAAGAAACUAACUGGGGGGAAGAAACUAAGGGAGGGAAACUCACUCAGCCAGAGGGAUCGUGAAAAACUGACACAGUAGCCAAGCAACCAUGUCUGUCUUCCUUUAUUAGGCAGACCAAGACCUGAAACUCUGCCAGAGGGAUGAUAAUGAACAACCACCCAUCAUGUUGACUUCUAUUUCGUCUCCUUCAUCUUCUUAGAGAUUCAUAAUUAUUAAACUUUAAUUAUAUCAAUCUUCUCCCUUUAAUCCAUUCAAAUGUGAGAACAGUCGCCCAGCACCUUACUGCCGCGAGCAUUCCCGAAGGACGGAUGCAGGAAAUCUUUCCGAAUCGACGCCAGGUCCAAACAGAGAAUGUGCACAUUUCUUAAGGCCACGACCCAUCGAUGAUGUUGAUAAGUAUACCAGAGUAGUUUAUAGCACGCAUGGCGCAUGGAGUAGCAUGGAGUGCAUGGGGCGCAGAGCUUUGAGGGGCGCAAGAAGCUCCCCCUUUAGCUCCAUGCUACUCCAUGUGAUCCAUGCACUCCAUGCCAUGCGAGCUGGGAAACCUUAUAAAUUGCUCUGGUAUACUAUAAGUAGUAAGCUUAAGUUAUAGGUCUCUCCUUCAGUUUCAGAGCUCUCAGCCCCUUAUUGUUUACUCACUUUGCCCUCGUUGGUGGUUUACAAGUGUCUACUCUUUCGUGGAUCUUGUCACAGCGAUUCGCCCUGCGUUUAGGUGCUAUAUGCCUAUUUAUUUGGGGAGAUGCACAGAAUAGUAGAACAGAGGCGCAUCAGGUUCAGGUAGAAGCGCGAACGCCUUUCGCAGGGGGGGCAUCAUCAUAUUUCCGAAGAGAACUUCUCAAGUAGGACGACUACAUUUUACACAUUUGUGAAGAGAAGCUAAUAUUUAUAAUUAUAAUUGCCAUAUGAUCUUAGAAAGUCCUAGGUUCAUCUUAUUAUAAUUGCCAUAUGAUCUAGAGUGAGACGAAAGGGUAAAUGGUUAAUUUAGUCUCUCAAUAUGUAAGGAGGAACGUGUUCAUGUGAUAUGGGUUCCUCCUUCUCUCACUAGUUUUAUGUGUUCCAGGGCUCAGGACUGAUGGCCCCCCGAUCUAAAAUUUUGAGGGGGCGGCCUCCAGCCCCGGACCCUUUUUCUUGAGGGGCUGUCGGGCUGGAAGGCGUCCAAAGCGCCCACCCCUGACCCCUUCCCGCUUCUUGCCUGGACCCUACAGAGCCCCGAUCCUUGAGGCUGUUGAAGCGCCGAAGGCCGUGGGUGGAAGGCUUCGGAAGGUGGCAAAGGUUGCAAGGCCGGACCCCCUUGCCGUGUUGCGUGUGCCCUACAGACCUGGCAAAGGUGGCAAGGGUGGACUUCCUUGCGGUGUUGCAUGUACCCCACAGGCCUGACGAAGGGGGCAAGGCUGGACCCCCUUGCCGUGUUGCAUGUACCCGACAGACCUGGCAAAGGUGGCAAGGCUGGACCCCCUUGCCGUGUUGCAUGUACCCGACAAACCUCCCGCGUCCGUGCGGGCUCCUCACUGGGGGAGCUCCUUGGGGGGAUGAGCGCCAAAGGGGCCAGGCUUCGCGACCGUGGCUGCCUUCGGCGGCCUUCUUCGCCCGGAGACCGUCUCCGUGAUAGGACCAAGAGACGCCUGUCAGUGGGGUACACGCGGAAAGCCGCCAGGGGACUCCGGCUCCGCCUUUUGAGGCCUUCGCCCCCGGGGGUCCUUACAUGCCACCACCGCGGAGAAGAGAGCGCGGACGCCAUUGCCGCGCCGCCCACGGGGGGGCCCCCUCCCUGGUGCAUAUAUUUACUGCAACAGCCCCUCCGUCAGUAGUUCAUAGGGCAACUAUUAUCGUCUCAUGUAGGUGAUUAGUUUGCUACACGUCAUCUCGAUCUCAAGUUAUGAGCUCACAGGCAGAGACGAAAGGGCGAAUGAUCUUGAUGCCAGUAGAAGUUAUUGAUAUAUGUUAAGUAUAGUUUAACUUCUUCAAGAAGAUGACCACGGCCAGCACUUCUGACUCUGAGCAGGUCCUCGUGCUCAAGCUCUAAACAACAUCGCACAAGGUUUGGAUAGAUAAAAUGGCCUACGGCCCUGAAGAAUCUCGGCAACAACUUCCAGACAAAUUCCAUAUGACGAUUGGAAAAGUCUUACCAGAAUUUGACACAAGCAGUGCCUUUUUUUAAGGCUUACCCUAAUCCAUCUCCGGAAACAUCCCCAAGGGGCUUCUUCAUGGGAAAAGGCGCCUAGGAUGCAUUUCGGGACGAUGGAUUAGGGUGAGCUUUAGCACUAAUGUUUGCAGCCCUCAGGUGGAGCUUUUUUUCAAAGUAGAAGCGCCCUCGUUUCUGCUGAUCAUGUAGAAGAUGAGCAACAUGGCAGAGAUUCUGGCGCUGAAGAUGUAGAUGACGAUAUGAAAAGUACCAUCUUCAGCACAACAUCCAAGUCAAAAAAAACUCUGAGCAGGUCCUCGCGCUCAAGCUCUGAACAACUCAGCUCAACUUCUACUACAUCAGAAGAUGCAGCUGCUCCUGUUCGUCCGCCAAACAACACGACCUCAUCCAGUUCAACAACAACUAGAAGAAAUACACCAACUACUACUAGUAGUGCAACUCGUGCCUCUUCCGCUUCAAGAUCAACAGCUAAUAACUUCAACUACAUUGAAUUUGAAAAGGCAAAGGAGAUGUCCGCUCUGUACAAGAACGUGGCUGUGCAGGGAGCCAGGAUGUACAAGAAGCGCGGCUUUGGUAGUGUAGAAAGCCAGGAUGUGGGUGCUGCUGAUCAACUAGUGAACAUAGAAGACAGCCACGACGUAGGUGAUGAAGUAGAUGAGUCUGGGUCUUCUAGUGUCCACCUCUAUAACAUCAAGAACUCGCCCAGAUUUUCUAGACUCGAAAGUACAGCCCAGCAUCAGCAGAGGAGUCGUGUUUACCACGACGACGUCGAUGACACUGGGAGCACAGCAGCUUCCAAAGAUUAUGGAGGAGGCCUUUUUCCUUUGAAGAACAUAUUCAAUUGAUAUUGUUGAUACAAGAAGACAGAGGAAGGGUAAAGUAGAUGAAAGGGGUCGUGCGAGAUGAGGGGACCGAGAUGAAUUAUUGCGCCGACGCUAAUCUAACAGCGGCGGAGACGGCGGAGACCAUCACGAUGAUGAAGAUGAUGAUGAUGAAGAUGAUGAUGGUCACGACCAUAAUCGUAGCAGCAGCAGUCGUAGUAGUAGCAGAGGUGCAACGGCUGGAACUACGACGGCUGACCUUAUUGAUGGCCAUGGUGCCGGGGUGGGGAAUGGGCACCAAGAUGAUGCUUCAGCAAGACGCUGAUGGUGAACUUCAUGGGGUGGAGCAGGAUGACAAGAAAGGAUUGGCCUUUGGCAUCUUCAUGUUACUAUAGAUCUUUAUCUAAAACUUAAACUUAUAUUUUAGCUUCUUUGAGUAGCAUUAGUGGAUGGCUACGACUAGCCCUAGGUAGCUAAAAAGUCAUCAGCUAAGCUUCCUGAGCAUUUCCAUUGAACAACAAGUGAAAAGAUGAUAACUAACUAACUAAAAACUAACUAACUAACUAACUAACUCAAUAACAUGAAAAAUAGAACAAUUUUUGAAAACAGGCCCACGAGCUGCAUGAUUAGAAGGUCCUCGUCUACUAUGGUGAGCUCGUCACUCACGCAAACAUAAGAAGGAGCUGCGAAUCCGCAAGCCAGUAAUACAGGUGCAUUAGUUAUAAAUAUAUGUUGUUCUUGUAUAAUAGCAAUGAAUAGCAAGCAGGCGAGUAUAUGUCUGUAGGUCUGAAAUCUGCAGAGUUAAAAGUGUCAGUCUAGCCUCCAGAGUUAUUAUAUUUGUCAGCCUUCUAGAAUGUUAUUCUUGUAUUGAAAAUUUACACUUAGAAGCAAGUAGUUGAGAAAGCCAUCGACAUACGCCUGCUAGUGAUCCUGGUAGACCAAUGCCUAACCUAACCCAACCUGAUGCUGAAGUGGUUGACAACAAUGACGAACAAAAUUUGACGAACUACAAGAUUGACAUGUUGUCAUUACAGUGGCGCGCCACUCAAGUAUGAGCAUUUCAUGGAGGGCAAUAAUUGACACGCGUCGAAAACUAAUAUUCACAUUGAGCGCUACGAUCAUGAACAAAAAUAAGCGCAGGAACUACAGUACAACUAUUACGACUGUGCCUACUAUCUGUAGUAAAUAAAUAAGUAACCACUUCUGCUACUAGAAAUAGUUCUAAGCUCCAAACUAUGAAGAGCCACUACCACAUCGUUGAUUAUCGAAUAGAACAACUUCGCGGGCCUCGAGGACCCUUACGGCGCCUUCAGUGUUCACAUUAGAGGCGGAGUGUGUGGCGCGAUUUUGAGUGUGCUCUUAAUAGAGCACAAAAUAGAAGAUGUCGAUGCUGAUGCUCACUUGAUGUAAUUAUAGUAAGAGUACUUAACAUGAUGAUGAACAAUUAUGAAAAGUGUGCGCCGUGUCAUCAUGUUUGAACUAUUUGAAUUUAUUACGUCUUGAGGAAUUAUUCAAACUGCAACCCGUCUCUGUCCUGUAAUAAGGAACUUUUUCAUCUCGUGUAAGAUAAGACUUCUGCCUAUCAAUCUAAGUCUCAAAAGACUUAUAUCAUGACUUCAGUCAGCAAUAAAGCGCGCAGGAGUAGAGUUCUCUACUUCAUCAGGGCCAGAUGUGGGCUCGUCGAGGACCGACCAGACACGCGACCAGACACUU